GAUCCUGUAAAAUCGGGCGCGUCUGGUGAUUCGAACAACGGCGACCACAAGCAAUAAGGAGCAGCAGCGGCGGAGACCAGACAAGCGCGAGGAGCGGCGGUGGGGAGCAUACAAGCGAGAGGAGCGGCAGCGGCGACUCGACAAGCCGGGGGAACGGCGGUGACCAGGCAGAGGCAGGAGAAAAAAUAGGAAAGGAUGGAGAGGUUGGGUUCCGUGGACGCUAGCCACAGUUCUUCUGUGAGCUCUGCGGCCGCAGGGCAGCGCCGGCGUGCCUUAGCCGCGACCUCCGACCUUGAGGAAGAGGAGAUCUCAGUGGCGCUGGCCCCCGUCGGCAGAGGAUGGAGGAGGUGAAGUGGGGACAUAAGAGCCAGACCAACUUCCUCCGCCGAUGCGUAGUUGCAGAAAGGUGGGCGUCCACGAGGUGCUCGAGGUGGCAUACUGAAGAUGGGAACCUGGACAGGUUUCUCCGCUGCCGCGACUCUGCAGUAGACGUGGACGAGCAAGGUUGCAUCGACCUCCUUGGACAGUGCGCAGCACCUCUCCUGCCAGUGCCUCCCUGCCUCCGCCGCAGCCUCUCCCCUGACAGUGCGCUGCUACACCUGCUUCGGGCCUCCUCUGAGAACCAUGAUUGUGAUGCUGGAGAGGCACUUGGAUGAUCAGCGCGGCACGCUGAAGAAAGCGUUGGGCCCCAAUCCUGCCGCAGUCACCCUGUCCAAUGAGGACUCACUACUGA